AUGACAGGCCACGACGUCCCUCUGUCCUCGUCAUUGACGCUGGGCCUCGGCCUGCUCGCCGCCACGAUGACGAUCGUCACAGCGGGCAGCGUGGGGCUCGUGGGCUUCAUGUUGGGUCGUCAGCUGCCGUCGCAAGGAGAUACCAACAGCGCUUCUCAACACGGAAAGAGUGCGGUGGAACAGGAGCGACGCCACCGACUGCGCAUCCCGAGCGGAACGGCCAGCGAAGACGUCAAGAUCUCGGACAAGAACGCGAUCGUCGACGUGCGGAUCUCGGGCAUUCGGCCGCUCAUUCCGCCGGCGAUUCUGCGCGAGGAGAUCCCACUCACGACGACGAUCGUGCAGACGAUCACGCGAAGCCGACAGAGUCUGGCCAACGUCUUGCGGCGUCUCGACGACCGUCUCAUUGUCGUGGUCGGGCCGUGCUCUAUCCACGACGCGGACGCUGCAAUGGACUAUGCGAAGCGCUUACUGGGGCUCAAGAAGGAGCUGAACAAGGAGCUGCUCAUUGUCAUGCGCGUAUACUUUGAGAAGCCACGGACGACCGUCGGCUGGAAGGGACUGAUCAACGACCCCGACCUUGAUGGAUCGUUCAACAUCAACAAGGGGCUGCGGGUGGCACGGGAGCUACUGGCUGCGAUCAAUGAGCUCGGUCUGCCGGCUGGCUGCGAAUUCCUCGACACAAUGUCGCCGCAGUUCAUCUCGGAUCUGGUCAGCUGGGGCGCCAUUGGUGCCCGUACUACCGAGUGCCAGCUGCACCGAGAGCUGUGCUCGGGUCUGUCCAUGCCCAUUGGCUUUAAGAAUGGAACGGGGGGCGACCUGCAGUUGGCGGUGGAUGCCGUUGUGGCGGCGAAGCACUCGCACUGCUUUCUCAGCGUGAGCUCACAGGGGUUGGCCGCUAUCGUCAGCACCUCUGGGAACGACACGUGCCACCUGAUCCUCCGCGGCGGCAAGUCGGGUCCCAACUUUGGCAAAGAGCACGUGCAGGACGCGUCUGCUCGCAUGCUCCAGGCCGACCUGGUGGACAAUGUCAUGGUCGACUGCUCGCACGGCAACUCGCAAAAGAAGCACAAGAAUCAGGUCGCAGUAGCUGCCGACAUUGCCGACCAACUGCGCGCCGGUGAUGACCGCAUAGUCGGCGUCAUGCUCGAGUCCAAUAUCGAAGAGGGCAAUCAGUCGCUGAUUCCUGGCAAACCGCUCGUGUAUGGCAAGAGCGUGACCGAUGCCUGCAUGGGCUGGGACACGACCGUCGAGGUGCUGCGCGAUUUGGCUGCUGCUGUGCGCGAACGCCGGGCGAAGAAUUGCGAGUAA